CUUCAGCCCCUCUGCAGAACGCAGCGAAAUUCGCUGGAACGAGAGAUGGAUCUCAGUUUGACCUGCCUGUGAUCGUCAUGCUCCCAUCAGUCUUCCUUCCCCCCCUCCCUGGCAGCGUCCCUGCAUCACAGGGGGAAGAUGAAGAAGGUCAGGAGGAGCAUCCGCGGCGUGCGUCCGAUGAGGGCCCCGUCCUCCCUCUUCCCUCGUCCAGCCACACCAACAACCACACCCAGAUGACCGUCGACACGGUACACACCACGGGCGGGCAGUAUCGGCGGUCGUCGGCGCCUGCGCUCUUCUAUGAGCGGCAGAAGUGGGACGCCGACUCGCCCAAGUCGUUGAUGGAGCUGACUAAGGAGGAGCAGGAGCAGCUGUUGAAGUAUGGUUACCCCACGGACAAGUACGAGCCGGACAACGAGCAGGACCGGCUGGCCUGCACCAUGACGUAUGGCAUACUCGACUCACCACCAGAGGUACUGUACACAAGAGCGAGCGAUACACUACCCUGUCUGUUUGUUUGGAUGGAUGGAUGGAUGGAUGGAUGGAUGGACGGCAUCACGGCUGGCAGGAAUGUUUUGUGAAGAUAUGUGAGAUCGCGUGCAAAUUGCUCAAGGUCCCCAACGCGAGCAUCAACAUCAUCAUGAAGGACACACAGGUCUUCUUCACAGGUAGGUAGGGAGGCAGGCGGGAAGCAGGGGCCGGGGAAGGGGAGGAAGCGGUCUCUACUUCUCUGCAAACCAAUACACUAACUACUGCAUGUGUUUAUUUGAUCGAUGGAAUGGUUGCCAUGCCUGAGCUCAGGAAACAUCCCAGGAGGCGAGGAAAGAAUCAUUCCAAGAGGCGAGUAAGGCCCUUCUCACUUGACCCAUCUCUGUGCGAGAUUGUUCCAUCGACCCAUCUGUCCACUUUUGCAGAUCUGUCUGGUGCGUCCCAAAUUGCCGCCAUGGCCACUUACACAUGCGUGUGUCGGUGUCUCUGCCUGAUUUUCAUCCAUUGGUUGCCAAUGGCUGGUCAGCACUCACACCAUCAACUAUCGCGAGCCGCUGCUGCUGUACGACUUGCCGUCCGACGAGCGCUUCAAGCACAGGGCAUAUGUCUCGGGCGACCACCAGCCACACAUGAAGGUCUAUCUGGGGGCACCCAUCACCACCUCGGAGCACCACAACAUCGGUUAGGGCGUGGACAGACAGACAGAGAGAGAGACAGACAGACCCCCGCGCUCCGCCCACUCAGGUGCGUUUUGUGCGUACGACAUCAAGCCAAGGCCUGACCUGGAGCAGAAUGAAGACAUCAAGGCAACCGCGGGGACACCUAGACAGGCCCGUGGAUCCGUGGAUCUGUCAAUGGCUGCAUUCUCUCUCUCUCCCGCAGACGCUGAUGGAGUAUUUCGCCAUAAUGGUGCGCGACCAGCUGGAGCUGCGGCGGCUGGCGCACGCACACCUGGCCGCCCUGCAGCAGAAGGGCGAACUGUUAGAGAAGCACCAGAUGGUGGUCGAGGUGCUCGAACAGGGCGUGGAGAGCGUGCUGUCUCCUUCCGCCCUGCUCAUCCAGCGACUGAAGAAUGAAGCCACCAGACAGUAAAUACACGCGGCCCGGGGCACCGCACGUUUGUAUACUAAGUCAAGUGACUUGGUCACAGGUAUUCCUUUCUGGCCUUGGAUGCGGUACGCUUUGUCUUGGCGGUAGUGUCGUUCGCUUUGCUGCUGGACUCGGCCAUCGACGAGGGCGGCCGGUGGGACUAUACCCUCGCCGCCACACUCUACGGCAUCAUCUUUGUGAGCACACAAACAACACAAGGCCGACCCGCCGGCCAUUCGUUUGUUCAUCGGUGGGUCUGUCCUGUCUGGGUCUUGACGAAUGUCAGGUGGGCGUGUCAUUUGGUGUGUGCAAGAGUGUGCUGGCUCGUCUGCGGUUGCUGAAGGAGAUCAAGCGACAGCGGACACACGGGAGCAGGUCUUUUUUCUGGCGGACGCUGCGGCUGGGGUCCCGGCUGGCUUUGGGGUCCCAGAGCUGGGGGCACGACGAGGAACAGCCUCAGGUUCCUGAGGCUGAAGCGAGGAAGGUCGACACAAAGGACAUCGACACUCUAGAGGUAGGUGAGGUCCGCUGUGUGGACGGAUGGAUGGAAGCAUGCAUGUCUCUGCACACGAAUGCAGGAGAAGCUGGAGACAUGUGAGAGGCAGCUGCUGGAGGCCAAGGCCAUGGUGUGGACGGCGCUCCUCGAGGACAUGCCAUCGGUGUUUGUGCUCUUCUGGAUCAUCGACUGGUUUAUCAUCAGCAAAAAGGUCCGCGCCUGCACUGCAGGCAGACGAUAAACAGAGUCUGGUCAGAUCCAAUACUCCCUCUCUCUGUGUCUGUGCGUGUCGUUUGUUGGGCUGACGAACUGACUGGCAGGACAGCGAGGAGGUGUUCUCCCGUGGCCUGAUGCUGCACCUGGGUGCGGCGCCGCUGCUCCUCGCUCUCCUCUGCAGCGCCCUGGCCUUCGGCUUCAAGAUGUUGCUCGCAUUGCGGUACUUCGAGCUCAAAAACGAAAAGGAAGAGGUGCGUGGAAGACCAGCUGCCCAGCCGGAACGACACAGCACCACACAGAGACAUCCAUCCAUCCAUCCGUCCAUGCAUCCGUCCAUCAUGUGUGUGCUGUAUGUAUCUAUGGGUGGCGAAUGCAAUGCAGCUGCGUCACGAGCUGUUCAGCGACUACGACCCGUCCAAGCUGCAGCUGUCCGAGAUACGCAUGCGCAAGGAGGGGGAGGCCAAGAAGACGGCCUGACUGACUGACCACCGGCUGGCUGGCUGCAUGACAUGGCUCGCCUGCCUACACACGCGACAGACAAGACCUACACACCGGGGGAGGGACGGGGCACGCAAUCAUAGAUUGGUAGACAGGUGGCCGGCUAGGUCUUACCUACCUUUGUGAGUCCUUCUGGUUUUAUCUUUUGGCCCCCGCACAGUCAG